AUGCUCCUCGCUCUCAGCAGUCGCCGGCAAGAGGAGAUUGACAUGAGACCGGUAGACGAGACGCAGACAACGCCGAAAGGUUCAUCAUGCGCAUCGUACGGAACAAUGAGCGGCGACCAAACGACCAGUGUCCUCCUUAAUCCAGAAGAUUGGGAAAAGUUGCAAAGCCAUGGCAAGUCCGAAGUUCACUCGCAAAGGUCGUCUUCGGCCCCGGCUGGGGAUCGCAGAGAAGUCUUCAAUGAUGGCGCCUCGGGAUCACAAUGGUAA